AAUCAAUACAAAUAUUGUGAAGGGUAGUCAACUUUGGCAACCUUCCCGACCUUGCCAUCAUCUGCUGCAAACAUGCACCUGCUGAUUGUCCUGCUCAUCUUCACCGUGUUCUUUGCGGAUGUCUAUGGAGCAAUACAAACGUGGGAGAAAGAAUUUGCAUGUCCUGAAGGCCUAGUGAUCAACGGAUACCAAGUCAAAUCACAAACGAAGCAAGGCUGGUUCACAUAUGAUUAUGGUGUCACUGAUAUGGUUUUCUUUUGCAAUACACCGGACGGAAAGAACCAAAACACCGACAAGAAUAUUACCCGUGGAAAUUUCUAUCCAUAUGAUAAUGAUAUCUGGAGAAAGAUUCAAUGGUGCCCCACAGGAACUGUUGUUAUCGGAAUGGCAAAUAAACUUGAUUUCGGAAAAUUUGACAACGCCGGUAUCACCGACAUUUGUAGUUAUUGCGGACGUCCUGAAGACGACAGAACUAAGAAAACAUAUUCGGCCUGGGAGGAUCUCAAUACUCAUGGUAGCUGGGCCCGGGAUCAAAUGUGUGAUGUUGGAUCGGCUUUGGCCAGUUUUUACCCUAAAAUUUUCAAACCCCAAGCAAUCCAAUAUAUUACUUAUGGAUGCCGCAAAGUAUAGAAUAAAAGUUCAUAGAACUGAACUACUUGUAUUGUAUUGUACUGUAAUGAAUAUUUAAAAAUGCAACUU